AUGCGGCCAGAAUUUUGUGGAUUUUUGUCAGAGCUAGGUGAAGGCAUUGAAGUCGGACUCCACGACUCAUGGACCGGUCAUUGGUCAACAGCUUUCAGCAGUGAACGAAAACCUUUGGAAGAAUCGGACGCCGUCGAUCAUUACAUAAUCGAUGGUGUAACACAUUCCCUAUGGUGGGCAGGUUCAGGAUAUGAAUUAGCAUUUGUUCUUCCUACCGAACGCAGCUUACGAGUGUUCAAACAGGAUCUUGCAUCACCGGCAACUAGUUCCAGACGCGGCUCCAGCAAGACACCGUCAGCGUUAUCUGUCUCAUCUGACGAAGCUAAAGCUGAUUCGACAUCACACUCUGAGGUGUUCCUUGAUGCUGGACGCAAAAGAGGCACCGGCUCAACGACAGGAAGUGAACGCGAUGGUCUGUUGUCCUAUGGUGGAGGUGGUUCGAGCAUGGGCAACGCGCCGCCGUCAAGAAGAAGCGCGGAUCUGCGAGUAAUGAUCGUGUGGUUGGAAAGGGCCGAGGACAUGUUGCAUUUCCCUGUUGGUGAGUACCGACCGUUUUUGUUUGGUUUUAUGACUAAUUUUAUUGAUUUCAAUUUUUGAGA